CGGAUGUGGACGGUGUGGUAGAGAAGCAAUACGAUGGCGAUGAUGCAGUGGUGCGGCGCGGUGGCGCGAAGGAUGAUGAUGGCGUCGUCGCAGUGGCCACCUUUAACACCGGCGUCAACAAGUGCGGUGAUGGGAGCGCCCAUCUUGUGCGGUAGGGGUGACAAGAAGACCAAGAGAGGGAAGAGAUUCAAGGGGUCCUUCGGAAACUCGAGGCCGAAGAAGAAGCAGAUGAUCCAGCGCAUCAAGGAAAAGCUCGAGGUUCCCAGUUCGACUCCUUGGCCUCUUCCCUUCAAGCUCAUUUGAUGUUCAUCUUUAUCUUUUUUGAAGAUAAUUCUCUGUUUUCUUUUCUGUAUUAGUUCUAGUGAUUGAGCUAGGGUUUCAACCUUAUUGUCAGUUCCUAUACAUUUCUUAUAGAUUUUGGGUUCAUUUACAAAUUUAUGAUUCAAUUGAUGGUUUCUGAUAAUGAGAAUUGAUAGAUUUUGCCAAUAUUGAUUCUUGUCUGAAGUUUGGAAAAUUUUCAAUUUAUGUUGUUGUGUGCUAAACUCCAUUAGUUGUUGUUCCUUUAGCUACCACUCCAAGAAAAAAAAUUAUAGAUU